GAAAGCAAAACACUGCUAGGAAGUUGGGGUUAUCUCUGUCUUGGAGAGCCCCAGGGGCUGGUUGAAGGAUGGCUGUGACCAGGAGCCGUGUUCUGCAGGGGAAACUGCUUGGGGUUUGCAAAUCUGUUCUGAAACCUUACCUGAGCACCCUAGACCAAUAUCACAAACCCUGGGUGCUGUGACAGACUGGGCCUCGUAUCCAGGCUUGGCUUAGUUGCCUUGAUCCAUGCUUAUGGAAGGCAAUAAGUGGUGAAGGUGAGUGCCUGCUCCCUCUUGCCGACUUGCGUUCCCCUGAACAACACUUGUCUGCCUGGCGCCCGUUGGCACAGAGACCUGGGAGAGGAGCCGGUGCCCUGCAGCCUGGCGGGUAGAGCGAGGAGAAGGAGGGGGAAAAAUGCGUAUCCCUGAGGCGUUGUCUUUCCUGGGAACCGUGAAAGACUUCUUCAGCUCUUCAAAACGUCUGGAGUUUUAAUGCUUAUAAUCAGCAAAAAUUGGAGUGGAGUAUCAACAGAGCACAGCUUAGAAAACUCAUUUUCUUUUUCCUUUCAGGCUGACAAUAAGAUUUUAAGGAAAACUUUGAAUAAUGGAUACACUUUUGAAUAAUGGAUGUUUCACAGCCGAAGUCCCCUGACUUUUCUUUCUGUGCCUGAAUGAGAAGCCUUUUAACUGCAUUGCACGUGGUGCGGCGGGUGCAAGCUGCUCUGUUUCUGGCUGUGCUGAUUAAGUGAUGUGCACAAACCUCGCAUUAAAGAUUCAGAGAGGGGUAAGCGUACCCCAGCUCCGAGCUGGAUGCAAUGUGCCUUGCCUUUCAUCAGCUAAAGAUCUGGCACAAGACGUUCUGCAUUUUUCUCUUGUCUCUCUGUCACGGCUGAUCAUAAUUCACUUUUUUUGGAGGGUCGAAUCUUCCCUACGUCCGUGGCGGUGGUGGUCUGCUCGAAGAACGUGCGUGUUGCCGAUGCUCUGGGCUCAGGUGGUUUGGGCAUGAGGUCACCUUGUGAAGCAGAGACGCUGCUGCCUCCUCCGUUUAUCCCGUGGGACAAACUUCUAAGCGGGGCUACCCAAAGCGGCAGCGCUUCUCCCGCGGGCUGGCCUCGGAGAUGGUGGCACUCGACUCGCCCGGGCGUUGCAUCGUGCCAGGACGGCGGCUGCGAUGCUGAGAGCCCUCCGAGCGUCCCGCAGAUCGCCCUGGCGGGGGGUGGAAAUCGGCAAGGAUAUGAAGACCCCUACUGGAACUAUGCAGCCCCCAGCUAUGGAGAUGACUAUGCUUAUUGGUGCUACCACAGGCAGCCUGCAGCCUGGCAGGAUGACAGAGAUUUGAGAUGGGGAGAGCCUUAUGGUCCCAGUUACCAGGACCAGCACUACUACCGGGGUUACCAUCCUAACCUGGUAACUCCAUCUCCAGGGCAGGACAGGUCAGAGCCCAGCAACUCAUUUGAGGAGAGCUUCUGCUCAGGCUCUCGGUGGGGGCAGGCAGGGGAAGACUCCUUUGGCUCCUCUGAGGAGGACAGUGGCCAGACUCGCAAGCCUACCACCUCUGGCGAGCCCAGCCUGCUCGUGCAGUACCGCGAGUCUGGGCUUAGCUCCAGCAGCUACGAGCUCAGCCAGUACAUCUGCGAUAGCGCUGACCACUACAACCUGGUACCCAUGGGGGCUUGGAGCCCGGUGCAAGUAGGAAGAGCUUCAGUGUCUACACCAGCCCCGGUGGCACCUCAGAAGUUUCCAUUGCCACAUAUGCCAGUGUGCUUUGGAGCUGGAGGGCAGCUGGUGCUGGUGUGCCCCCACUUCCCUGCAGAGGGGCAGCCAGCUCAUGUGGAGCUGCACAGCUUGGAGGUGAUCCUUCAUGGCACAAAAGAGCAGGAGGAGCUGCAAGCCUUCCCAGGGCCUCUGGUCAGGGAAGAUCUGCACAAGGUGGAUGUGAUGACAUUUUGCCAGCACAAGAUAGUCACAAGCUGUGAUCUCUCAACACAGAGAGGCAGAGAUUCAGCUCUUCUCUGGAAACUCCUGGUCCUCCUCUGCCAGCAGAAUGGGUCCAUGGUGGGCUCAGACACAGCUGAGCUUUUGAUGCAAGACUGUAAACGCCUGGAGAAGUACAAGAAGCAAAACCCUGUGGCUAAUCUGUUCAACCCGUCAGACGACGAGUGGCGGGCACAUGGGCCAGGGAUGGUGGACCUCCUUACAGGGGAGGUCCCUCCCAUUGUGGAGACACUGGCACAGACUGUGGAGAAGUUCACCAAACUCCUCUACUAUGGCAGAAAGAAAGAAGCUCUGGACUGGGCUAUGAGAAACCAGCUGUGGGGCCAUGCCCUCUUCCUCUCCAGCAAGAUGGACCCUCGGACCUACAGCUGGGUGCUCACUGGGUUCACCAACACGCUGGCUGUUAAUGACCCGCUGCAGACCCUCUUUCAGCUCAUGUCAGGAAGGGUUCCCCAAGCAGCGCAGUGCUGUGGGGAUGCCAAGUGGGGAGACUGGAGGCCUCACCUGGCUGUGAUGCUGUCCAACAAGGUUGGAGACACGGAGCUGAACCACCGUGCCAUCGUCACCAUGGGAGAUGCUCUGGCUGGCAGGGGAUUAACAGAAGCAGCUCAUUUCUGCUACCUGAUGGCAGAUAUUCCUUUCGGUUACUUUGGAGAGAAAGCGGACCGCAUGGCUUUGCUGGGCAGCAGUCACCGUCAGGCAUUUGCCCAGUUUGCCAGGACGGAGAUUAUCCAGCGCAUGGAAGUCUUUGAGUAUUGCCAGCAGCUGCGACAGCCCAAAGCCUGCCUUCUCUCCUUCCAGGUGUACAAGCUCAUCUAUGCCUCUCGCCUGGUGGACUACGGGCUGCCAGCCCAGGCCUUGCAUUACUGCGAGAGGAUCGCCACUGUGCUCCUGGGCCAGGGGCUGGCCAGCCACCCCACGCUGGCCAGACAAGUGAUGGAGCUAGCUGAACGGCUGAAGCUCUCCGACCCACUGCUGCUGGAGAUGCCAGAUCAUGACCAGACCCUGGAGCCCGACUGGCUCGUACAGCUCCGAAACCAGUGCCGGCAGUGGGAGAUGAAAGAAGACCUCCUUCCUGGGCUGGCAUCAGGUGAGCCAGAGCUUUCCAGAGCCAGUGGAUCAGCUGCAGAUGGAGAAUUUGGCCGUGGGUUUGCCAAGAGCAAGGGCUACCAGCAUGACCAGUGGCACCAGCAGAGCAGCCCUCUGUUGCUGCAGAGAACAAACUCCCAGGAGGACUCCUUUCUCCAGCCCUUGGCACCUCCUCUGGCAUCAGCAUCUGAUCAGGUCAAAACAUCGCUGCCGCUCAGUAUCAGGCCAGAGCACCAGGCAAAAGUGCUCAGCCCAGGGACAAGUGUCCUUCUAGGAGAAGUUUGCUAUGACCGUUCUCCACGGGUGGUCCAGCCAGCAGGAGAUGCCAAGGAGCCUCAAGGCUCCCCACUGCCCCAUGGGGUACAGCAGACUAUUGCAGGAGAGCAGCAUGAGUUAAAUGUAAGGGCCCGAACAGUCUCAGAGAGCUCUACCAUCUCUAUGGAAGAGGACAUUCAGCCUUCCUCGGAAAGCGUGGCCGAGGAUGUCACUGAUGAGCAGUCCUCAAUGGAAGAGGAGAACCCAGAUGAAGUUAAGAGCUCGGGAUUCAGAUGGUUCGGUUGGUUUCGAUCGAAGCCUCCAAAGGAAGCCUCUCCCAAAGCCACGUCCGACACACUGGGAUCUCAGGAACGGUCUUCGCCAUCCCCCCUUGCUUCUCCUCUUCCAGUGCCUGGGACAAGCCCUUCAGCUCAGCUUCCUGGGGGCUCAUCUCCUACUGCACCCAGUCCUGCCUCCAGAAACCCAGUGUCCGUGGAGAUGAAAAGCUCCUGGGGCAUGGACGGCAGCGAACUGGCAGCCUUUCCUGAGGCUGGAGAUGAGGAGGGCUCCCGCGCAGCCCCGACGGCGGGGGCCGUCCCGCUCUUCAACCCCACCCAGGUCCCUCAGUUUGCUGCUGCCAGGCCCCACCAGCCCCGGCUGCUGGCCCGGCGGCGCUACCCCGACCUGCCGUGAGCCCCGGGGCCCUCUCCUGCCUUUGCCCCGGAGGGGCUGGAGGCCCCGCGCGCCGGGAGAGGCGCUCAGCACCCCCUCGCCUAGGCGGG